ACUAUGUAUAUCUACUUAAUUAAACUUGCGUAAGUUGCGGAAAGUUCUAAUUCGUGGCUGCAUUGAAUAGACAUUAGACGCAGCAUGCAAGCAGUGUGUUAGGGGAACUUAGUCAAACCCGAUUAGAUAAACCUCGUAAAUAGACGAAAAAGCCCCUGACAAACUUCUUGGAAGCAGGGAAGCAAUUGCGGUUUGUUCUGGAGAACCAAAGUCAUUUAGCUAAUAACUCUCUGUUCCUUAAAUUUCAUCCGAUGAGGUUUCACCAAGUUUCUCUCCUCUCUUUCCUUGAACCCACUUAGCACAUGCAUCUAUAUAAACCAUUCCCCAUCUACCAUCACAAAACAUAUUCACAUUCUAAAGAGUAAAAUCUACAACUUUUUGGUUUAAGGGAUUGGAUGGCUGGGAUUGGCAAGGGUGUUGAGUUUGAGGAUUUGUUACCGGUGAUCGCCGGUAAACUGGGGGGUGAGGGUUUGAUAAAGGAGCUUUGUAAGGGGUUUCGGUUAUUGAUGGAUAAGGAGAAAGGGGUGAUAACGUUGGAGAGUUUGAGGAGUAACUCUGCUAUGAUGGGUUUGCAGGAUUUGAAGGAGGAGGAGCUUGUGAGCAUGAUGAGGGAAGGGGAUCUCGACGGCGACGGGGCACUCUCGGAAAUGGAGUUCUGCGUUUUGAUGUUCAGAUUGAGCCCUCAGUUGAUGAAGGACUCGUGGUUUUGGCUCCAACAGGCACUGCAACAUGAACUCAUCAACAAUAACGUUUCUUCCGUAUGAAGUACUCUUGUUUUUUUCUUAUCAGCAGCAAAUGUUAGUAUUUUUUUUCUUAAUGGGAAGAAUUGAACCUACCACUUUUUUCUUUUACUUCCAAACCAACUUUAUAACUCCAUUUGAUGUACUUUGGUGUUUGUUGUUGGAUUGGAAAUGACUCCGCUUUGAACAUUUGAAGGGAUGUCUUGUUCUUGCUUGUUUCAGACUUUCAGUUGCUUCAAAUAUAAGUCAUCCUUCUGCCACUGUUCUAUUACUUCUCCUUUUCACAUUUGAAAUUGGAUAUUUGAGAAACACAGUUACACAUGUAUAAUUACAUUACACCGUUCAUAUUGAAAAACAGGGAAAUGAAUUU